AUGUCUGGAGAAAAACGCCCCGCGCCGGCGGCCUUUGGCACGGGCAAUCAGCUCGUCGCUAAGCGAAAGAAGUCCGACGCCGACCUCAACCCCGGCUCCGCGGUGGUCAGGAGCUCUUCGCAGGGCGGAGCUCUCGUGCAAUCGGUCCCUCGUACCAGUGGACUCGAUGCGCCGAUCAUGGAACUGACAGGUCAUUCUGGGGAGGUAUUCGCCGUUCGGUUUGACCCAAGCGCCCAGCACAUGGCCUCCGGCUCCAUGGACCGGUCAAUUUUGCUCUGGAACACCUACGGAAAAUGCGAAAACUAUGGUGAACUCUCCGGUCACCGAGGAGCCGUCCUGGACCUAAAAUGGGCGCGCGACUCGCGAGCAAUUUUCUCCGCCUCCGCGGACAUGACACUAGGAAGCUGGGACGUGGAAACUGGAGAGCGCGUCCGCCGCCACAUCGGACACGAAGAAGUUGUCAACUCUCUGGAUGUCAGCAAGCGGGGUGAAGAAUUGCUAGUCAGCGGCAGCGACGACGGCUGCAUCGGUAUCUGGGACACCCGGCAAAAGGAAGCACUGGACUAUCUCGAGACCGAUCUCCCCAUCACCGCAGUUGCUCUUUCCGAGGCCGGCAACGAGAUCUACAGUGGUGGCAUUGACAACACGAUCAACGUGUGGGAUUUGCGCAAGAAGGCCGUGGUGUAUUCCAUGGCUGGUCACAACGAUACUAUCACCUCCUUACAAGUUUCCCCCGACUCCCAGACCCUCCUGUCCAACUCGCACGACUCCACGGUUCGAACAUGGGAUAUCCGUCCCUUCGCUCCGGCCAACCGGCAAGUGCUGACCUUUGACGGCGCCCCCGUCGGCCUGGAGAAGAACCUCAUUCGUGCCAGCUGGGAUCCCAAGGGCGAGAAGAUUGCCGCGGGCAGUGGUGACGGCAGUGCUGUGGUCUGGGACGUGAAGACCGGCAAGCUUCUGUAUAAGCUGCCCGGUCACAAGGGCACGGUCAAUGAUGUGCGGUUCUCGCCCAACAAUGAGCCAAUCAUCGUCUCCGGCUCCUCCGAUCGCAAUCUCAUACUCGGCGAACUGGGAAAAUAA